AUGACGUUCAAGCAAGCGUCCAUGAUGGCCCCAGAGGCCACAGCCACCACGAUGCCCAUGGCCACAAUGGACAACUCCACCGAGGCCUCAGGGCCAGGUGAGAGCAAGGAGGACAUGUUCACCAAGCUGAGGGACAAGUUCAUGAAUGAGCUCAACAAGAUCCCCCUGCCACCCUGGGCCCUCAUUGCCAUCGCCGUGGUAGCUGGACUCCUCAUCCUCACCUGCUGCUUCUGCAUCUGCAAGAAAUGCUGCUGCAAGAAGAAGAAGAACAAGAAGGAGAAGGGCAAAGGCAUGAAGAAUGCCAUGAACAUGAAGGACAUGAAGUCGGGCAACCAGGAUGAUGAUGAUGCGGAGACGGGUCUGACAGAGGGGGAAGGUGAGGAGGAGGAGAAGGAGCCAGAGAACCUGGGCAAGCUGCAGUUCUCCCUGGACUACGAUUUCCAGGCAAACCAGCUGACAGUGGGGAUCCUCCAAGCUGCUGAGCUGCCAGCGUUGGACAUGGGUGGCACCUCAGACCCCUACGUGAAGGUGUUCCUGCUCCCUGACAAGAAGAAAAAGUAUGAGACCAAAGUGCAGAAGAAGACACUCAACCCUGCCUUCAAUGAGACCUUCACCUUCAAGGUGCCCUACCAGGAGCUGGGUGGGAAGACACUGGUGAUGGCCAUCUAUGACUUCGAUCGCUUCUCCAAGCACGACAUCAUUGGGGAGGUGAAGGUGCCCAUGAACACAGUGGACCUGGGCCAGCCCAUCGAGGAGUGGCGGGACCUGCAGAGCGGGGAGAAGGAGGAGCCAGAGAAGCUUGGAGAUAUUUGCAUCUCCCUCCGGUACGUGCCCACGGCCGGGAAGCUCACGGUCUGCAUCCUGGAGGCCAAGAACCUGAAGAAGAUGGAUGUUGGGGGUCUCUCAGAUCCCUAUGUGAAGAUCCAUCUAUUGCAAAAUGGCAAGAGGUUGAAGAAGAAGAAGACCACAGUUAAGAAGAAGACCCUGAACCCAUACUUCAAUGAGUCCUUCAGCUUUGAGAUCCCCUUUGAACAGAUACAGAAAGUGCAGGUGGUCAUCACGGUGCUGGACUACGACAAGCUGGGGAAGAACGAGGCCAUUGGCAAGAUCUUCACGGGCUGCAACUCGACGGGCACGGAGCUGCGGCACUGGUCCGACAUGCUGGCCAACCCCCGGCGGCCCAUCGCCCAGUGGCACUCGCUGAAGCCAGAGGAAGAAGUAGAUGCAGCUCUUGGGAAGAACAAAUAG